GGUUCAUAGCUUUGUUUGAGGAAGCAUGUGCUUAUCGUGGAUACCUCUCGGAGCUACGUAAUAAUUAUCCGGGUAUACACCCACAUGCCAACCCAACCACAACGAUUAUGGCUUGCCCACUCUUCUGAGCUUAACUCGAUAGAACAUUCCGCAUGGCUGCCAAUUUGCUGCGUAGACCAAAGUCUCUACUUGCUUUUUGAUUGAACGAUGAGGGGUGCGUCUAAGGACAAAUGGCUACCGUUCUCGCCGCUCUCUGGGGAAUGAUCGUGAAAGUCGUCUUGUUCUGGAAGAGUAGGUUUUGGAGUUGGUUGACAUGGAAGAAGCCAACAGAUGUUUGGGUCAACAUUCUCCAGAAUGCACAAUCAUAUGAGGAGUGGGAAGAGGCGGCCUUUCAAUUAGACGUGUUGCUUGGGAAUGACUUAUGGCGCCAGAAUCCAAUCUCAAAAUACUAUGAUUACCGCCUCAUCCACGAGCGACUCCAAUCCAUAAUCGUUGCCCGCGAAGAGAACGAUGUUUUUACCCUCGUCAAUCUACUCCGAUCUGGCCUCGUCAGGAACCUCGGCAACAUCACUGCUCCACGACUCUUCAACCGCGCCUUUGCUGGCACAAAAUUACUUAUCGAAGAUUAUAUCACGCAGGUUGCCAUUGCCAUCUCUUUUGUGGCAGCUUUGCCAGGCACAGCAGGCACAGAUGGAAAUGUAACGGCAGCAGGGCUUAGUAACCAAGCAAAACUAGACCUACUUCAUGAUACGAGGCAAGCGUUUGGAAGGAGUACUUUGGUGCUGCAGGGAGGAGAGAUAUUUGGCAUGUGUCACCUGGGCGUUGUAAAAGCGCUGUAUCUGAGGGGACUGCUACCUAGGAUCAUUACAGGAACUGCUACCGGGGCGCUAAUUGCUGCGUUGGUGGGGGUGCACACUGAGGACGAGCUCUUAGAAUUCCUAACGGGCGACGGGAUUGACCUGACUGCGUUUGGAGGUGGAAACGAUGGAGACCUAAAGAAGAGGCCACCGAAAGAUGGCGGGUGGUGGGCGACGCUAGGAAGGAGAACAAAGAGGUUCUACCGGGAGGGAUAUUUCCUGGAUAUCUCCGUUUUAGAAGAUUGCGUGAGGGCCAAUGUUGGAGAUUUGACAUUCGAAGAGGCCUACAAUCGCACGAAACGAGUCCUCAAUAUUACAGUGGCUACAUCAGGUCAUGGUAGUGUGCCGACACUUUUGAACUACCUCACGGCACCCAACGUUCUUAUUUGGUCUGCAGCUCUCGCGUCAAAUGUGUCAAACCCGACGCUAUAUGGCCGCUCUGUCAACCUCUUAUCGAAGUCCCUCGAUGGCACCAUCGUGCCUUGGUUCCCCUCCGAAUCCGCCACCUUCCGUCCUUGGACGCAUGCCACCUAUUCGGACCGGGAGUCGCCUCUAACGCGAGUUGCUGAGUUAUUCAACGUAAACCACUUCAUCAUCUCGCAAGCGCGCCCAUACCUCGUACCGUUUCUGCAAAGCGAUAUGCAUGGCCCAUCAGGCAGCUAUGCACGACGGGGCCGGACGAGUUUUACAAGCCACCUAUUGAGGCUAAUAACCAUGGAAAUACAUCAUCGCCUCUCGCAGCUUGACUCUCUUGGCGUUCUUCCGGCGAGCACCAGACGCUUUCUCAUUGACGAAACAGUUCCCGGCGCAAGUGUGACGCUUGUCCCGGAAUUAAGCACCGGCGAUUUCCUUCGCCUCCUAGAGACCCCCACCCGCGGGAGUCUUGAUCAUUGGAUCCUCUGCGGCGAGAAAAGCGUGUGGCCCGCUGUUUCGGCGUUGAAGAUUCGGUGUGCUGUGGAAAGUGAAUUGGACCGAGGAUACCAGUUCGUUAGGAGGAGAAAGGCCGGGGGACUGAGGAGGAGAGCGAGUACGUUAGAUACGAGCCAUGCGCCCCACGAGACGAGAGAAAAGACGAGUAGUUCUGGUGGAAAUUGGAAAUCCGAUGUAAGAAGCACGGGGGAGAUGCAAAGCUAGAGUUAGUGUUUCGGCAUCCUUACAGGGAACAAGGUGAGCCAAAACGGAAGCAUAGCGAAAAUCUUCGAUGGAUAUUCAAUCUAAGUAAUGAGAAUAUAUUGCCACAUCAACUGCAUCAUCCCUGAUCGGUCAUCCAUUCACCUCAGCGCCACUACACGCUAAAUUGCGGCUGCACACUCUCUUUAUCCCCUCAUUACUAUCCCCCUUGCCAGGUCCUAAGCCCCUGUCUCCGCUUUCGCAAUCUAGGAGUCCUCAAGGCUGCAGUCCUGACAACUGUGCAUGAGGUGCCACGAUGAC